AUGUUCGCCCCCAGGUUUGAUCCCUCAAGGGUUCUAGAUGACCAGGGAGACAACUUGAUACUGUCAAGGGCCCAAAAACUGGGUAAAAGAAGGCUCAGUCUGACUUCAUUUGAUGACCAAGAGAAGCUGAUAUCAGAAUUGAGUGAAGAUGAUACUGAGAACUCCCACGAAAGUUCACUGGAGCAUUCUAUUGACGGAUCCAGCGACGAAUCUAGUGACGUAUCUAGUGAUGAAGAGAACGACGGAAUUGUUGAUGUAGAAAAUGAGAUGGCUAUUGAGCAUAUCGACGAUAAUGAAGAAAUUGAGACUACGGAAGUCGAAGCUUCUACCUUAAGGAUGAGCCGAAACAAGGAAUCAGAUAUGGAAAUCGACGAAGCAUCAGAUUCACAGUAUAAAUCAAAGCACAAGGCUCUUUUUCUGAAAUUCAGGAGUCUGGUAAAAAGAGAAAGUGAUUCUGAAAAUGAAACUCCAGAGGACUUCGAGAAACAAGACCUAGCCCCAUUACCUCAACCUCCAUUGCCAAGAGACAAGAAGCUUGUCUCUACUUUAGCAUAUUCGAAUAAUCUUAAUUGGUUAGCGACUCCGAAAUACAGCUCUCCUAGCGACAAGAAACCUUUCAAAGACAUACCAUUAUCUAGUGUACUCUUGAGAAAUCUAGAGAAGAUGGGAUUUGGGGAAGCCUUUUCGGUACAGAUAUCUGUACUCGACAUAAUCCUCAAGGAUAUCGAAAAGAACAAACUCCGUCCAGAUUUUAUGGGGGACAUAUUAGUGAAUGCAUCUACUGGAUCAGGAAAGACGUUAGCAUAUCUGAUUCCAAUAGUAGAGGCAUUAUAUCGACGCAUAGUACCACGAAUCAGAGCAAUAAUCUUGGUUCCAACUCGACCUUUAAUAAAUCAAGUUAAAGCAACAAUAUUGGAGCUUUCAAAGGGGACCAAUUUGUCUGUGGCGAGUCUAAAGAAUGAUAUAUCAAUUAAAGAAGAAGGUGAAAAAAUAACCAGUAGUGAGCCAGAUAUCCUUGUUUCCACUCCUGGUCGUCUAGUUGACCAUUUGAAUAAUAACACGGUUAGUUUGAGGAAUUUAAGAUUUCUUGUGAUAGAUGAAGCAGAUCGUUUGUUGAACCAAUCAUUUCAGAACUGGUGCCAAGUAUUAAACUCUAAGCUUCCGAAGCCUUCGGAUAUUUCACAUUCAUGGGAGUCUACCGUCCAAAAGCUUGUGUUUUCGGCUACUUUAACCACAGAUGCCGGUAAACUUGCAUUAUUGAAUUUUCAGAAGCCUAGACUUAUUAUCGUCAACGAUAAUGAAAGCUUGGUCAAUGAGUUAUUUACUGUUCCCAGAUUAUUGGAAGAACUUAAGUUACGUUUUGGCUCUGCAAAAUCUCCUAUAAAGCCGUUGAUCUUAGCAAAGUUUUUGAUUCAAAAUAAUAAACUUGAGAAUGUGUUGGUUUUUGCAAAGUCCAAUGAGUCCACCAUGAGACUAGCAAGAUUAUUAAAUAUCCUUCUAUCUAGAUUGCAACCAGAAAAAACUAUCAAUGUCACUUAUAUGAACUCCACAAAUAAUAAAAGUUCUUCAAGGACGAAGAUACUAAAAGAUUUUGCAAACCAAUCUAUUAACAUUCUCGUUGCUACAGAUUUGAUUGCUCGUGGGAUUGACGUACUUUCAAUCACCGAUGUCGUAAACUACGAUCUCCCAAACUCUUCUAGAGAGUACGUACAUAGAGUGGGACGUACUGCUAGAGCUAAUAGGAACGGUUUUGCCUACAAUUUGUGUUUUGGGAAAGGUGAAGACAAGUGGUUUGUUAAACUAAUGAGUAAUAUCGGUCGCGCUAACAAGGAAGUGUUAGACCAGCCAGUAGAUUUCAAAGACCUCGUAUCUAGCCAAGAUGUAAAGAUAUACGAGGAAUGUCUUGAAUUAUUAAAAGACGAGACACUUAAAAGCAUAUAA